AUGUGGAGUGUCCAUGAACGUACGCUCAAUGAUGACUCUCGAACGAACAAUUUUGUGGAAGCUUUUCACCGGAGUCUCCAGCGUCAGUUCGCAGCGGACCACCCUGGGCUGUUGAAGUUCAUUGAUGGUUUGAGGAAAGCGCAGGUGCACAAGGACGCCCAGCUAGAACAUUACGUCGCCGGAUGCGCGGCUGCGGAAAAACGGAACCGGUAUCUCCAGAACGAUCUGCGCAUCCUGAGGAUAAUGAAUCGACGUGAUUCUUACGCGCUCAUUGAAUUCCUCCGCGGAAUCGCUCAUACCUACGAGAUGAAUCCAUAG